AUGAUACAUUCCGUCUUAAUAUUCAACAAGAAAUGCCAGCCAAGAUUAAUAAAAUUUUAUACUCCAGUUGAUAUAAAAAAACAACAAUUACUGCUUAAGCAAGUAUAUGAUCUGAUCUCUCAAAGAAAUAGUGAUUUUCAAUCUUCAUUUUUAGUUACUCCACCUCUUUUGAUGACUGAACAAAACGGAUUAGACCAAAAUAUUCAAAUAAUUUACAAAAAUUAUGCUACUUUAUAUUUCACAUUCAUAGUAGAUGAUCAGGAAUCUGAAUUAGCUAUUUUGGACUUGAUUCAAACUUUUGUGGAAGCUUUGGAUCGUUGUUUUACUGAGGUUAGUGAGUUAGAUUUAAUUUUCAAUUGGCAAACUUUGGAAAGUGUCUUGGAAGAAAUUAUUCAAGGUGGGAUGGUUAUUGAAACAAAUGUAUCAAAAAUCGUUAAUGCUGUCGACGAGUUAAAUAAAGCUACCGAUACUAAUGAGACAGGCACUUUUAGCAGUUCAAGUUUAGCUAAUGCAAUUCAAGCUUUUACUCAAGGUGGGUUCGCUUCUUGGGCAUCUGGACAAUAA